AUGCCACAUAACAUCCUUGUAAUUGGUGGAUCUCGUCAUAUUGGGUAUUACACCUCGCUACGAUUCUUGGAUGCUGGAGCAAAUGUUACCUUCCUUAUGAGAUCACCACAGGCAUUUGAUAGCGACGAGUCAAUCCAAAAGUAUAUGAAAUCAGGAAGCGUUAACCUAGUUAGAGGGGACGGUCUUGUGGCAAAAGAUGUUCAAAGAGCAUGGAUUGAAGCUACGAAAGAGGCUGCAGUCGAUUUAGUGUUGUUCACUGUCGGAUUUACUGGUAAUCCAAAGUUUCAGUUCACGAAAGGCUUCGUGAUACAUCCCAAUAAUCUUGUGACGCAGUGUUUGCUGAAUGUGCUCUGCGAGAUGCCCAAGACCUCCUCUUUGCCAAAGAUUGUCACAUUAUCAGCUUCAGGAGUUAGCCGAUCUUCUCGUGCCAAAGUUCCAUUCGCAUUGAGGCCUGUGUAUGGGUAUCUCAUACAAAACCCUCUGCAGGACAAGUUGGGCAUGGAGCGCAUAAUAUAUCACUGCUCUGGAUGGGACUGGAAUACAGAGGACGGAGAACCAGGGGAAGACAUCAUGGGUAAAGACUGGAAGCACCGCGAAGGCUUGCCUAGUCCCGGAACGCUACAGAACGCUAUGAUCGUUAGAGGGGCCAUGUUCAACGAUGGGGAGUGUCGCGCAGAUUCACCAGAAAAUAGGCAACCUUAUAGGGCUGGAGAAGGAGAAGUUGGAGGAUAUUUCAUCUCACGCAAAGAUGUAGCACACUUUAUCUUCGAGGCUGUGACCAAAAAUUGGGAAAAGUAUGGAAAUAAACAAGUCAGUAUAGCUUACUAG